AUGAUUUUUUUUGAUUUUGGGCACUCUUAGUUAUUGGAAUCUACUUUGGAAUUAGGUCUUAAUGAUGAUUUGAAAAGUAUUGAAUCUCAUAAAAAAUAUAAGAUUGUUUGAUUAAAAAAAAUUGUUUGUUGGGUGAAGUUAUUGUUUAAUGUAAAUUCUUUAAGAGAUUAAGUAGAGUGUUUGAUAUAAAAAAUAUAGGUAUAAAUGGAAUAGUUGUGAUUAUGAGGUUUUGA